AUGAUUUUCAUUAUCUUCUUCUUCUUUUGGAUAAAAACUCAUGUCAAUGCUAAUGAGAUUUCAUGUCAACCAAUUUCAAUUAAUUGUAAUGAAGGGUUUACAGGAGAGAAUUGUCAAUUUUUAGAGAUUAAUAAAGAUUUUCAUAUUACUGGAGAAUGUGAUAAGUUAAUGAAAGGAAUUGACCAAAUUAAAAUAUCAAAGAAUUGUACAAUUGAAAUAGACAAAGACAUUACCAUUCAACAAAAAAUAAUUGUAGAACCUAAUAUUCAUGUUAUUUUAAUGAACUAUAGUAUUAUUAAAAAUCAAUUUAUUAUUGAAAGAGAUAGUGUAGUAGAAAUUCCACAAAUAGAAAUUAAACAAAGUAAAGUUGUUGUUAAAGGAAGAUUAGAAGUGAAAGGAAAUGUUAUUAUUGAAGAGAAUUCAACACUUGAAAUUAACAAUAAAGGACAUUUUAAUGUUAAACAAGGAAAAGUUGUAUUAAAAUCAAAUGGGUUAUUUAUUAAUGGAAAUGAGAGUGAAGUAAUUAUCUUUGACAAAUCAACUUGA